CUUUGUUAUUUAUUUCCUUUUAAUAUUUAACUAUCUGUGUACUCGGACUAUUUCUUUUUCUCUAAAAGCACAUGUAUCGAAACAAUUCUUGUAACUUAACGAGUAACUUAACGGGCGUUAUGAUCUUAUAACCCAAUGCCAAGUAUAAUAAGAUAUUGCCCAACUUGCAAUAGGCACAACUUCCAUCUAAUCUCUCAGAAAAGCCAUCCACAAGGGUUAUAUUCCAAUUCUCCAACAUACGAUUUAUUGAAUCACUCAUUCUGUACCACAAUGGAUCCCAGACGUCCAACCACAUCAAUUACGCUUUCGGGCGAUAUUAUCUUUCGUAUAGUCAGGAGCAACUUCCACAAACCAAAGGUUAUUCUUACAUUGUCAGAAACAUGCCGCCUCUACUGCGGGGCUCUAGAUCCAUUGCUCUAUAGAGCUGACGUACUCGUCGCGAAGGAAAGAGGCGUUGAGCUAAAUCAUAUAUUUGACAGAAUGCGCAGACGAAUGUGGCGUUUCGACACUCCCUUCGAAGGUCUUUGUAUGACAGGGAGCCUAUGUACGAUAUAUUAUAACGAUAUGUCGGCCCUUCACUGGGCUGUCAAAGCCAAUGAUAGUGCUAGCAUGAUAACAGCUCGGAAGUCCAUCAAGGCAGCACUGGCACAUUGGCCAGACUACCUACACGCUCAUUGUGGUAGAAUGGACGCAAUGACGCCGCUUCAAUUAGCAGCCAAAUAUGGUGCGGACGAGAUGAUCCAGGAGCUGAUAAAGACCUGUCCUUCUCUGGUUGAUACGCGAAUCGUAUUAAGUGCUGAUAGAAACCCUUGCAAAAAGUUUCAAUUGUCCGAAUUUGUGCGUUUUCAACCUUUUAAGGCUACUUCACUCCAUAUCGCUAUGCUAUAUGGGCAUGUGCAUAUAGCCGAGACCCUAGCCCGUCUCACGCAGGAUCUUGAGGAUUGCCAGGAGACUCCAGGUACAUUCUCACCACUAAAGUUUGCCGCUAUGUGCAAGAUGCCAUCGGUCAUUAAGAUACUGCAAGCUCGAGGCUACAAAGUUCUGGGGAAUGAAGGCUACUUACGCGACACGAGAUAUACGCCCGUGCAUUUUGCAGCCAGUAGCGAGGAUAACGAAGAGACCCUUCAGUUAUUGCUCGAUACUGGUUAUAGCACCAAGGCUGUCGACAACAAUGGUCUUUGCCCUAUUGGGAUCGCGAUUAAGUUUCGUUGUGUUUCCAAUGCUUUAUUCAGAUGUUUUUCUUCCGGUCGUCAUAACUCUAUUAGAUCAUAACAAUAUCGGGCGAAAGCGAGCUCGUCGCUACAAGUACAUUAUAUUAAAGCAUUCUAACAAGCCGUCGCGGCGUAAGGAUAUGCCAAAGAUGCUUGAUUUCUUAAUCAAUCACCCGAAUCUUAAAUUCUCCAAGAAUACACACGCGGAUCUUGUCGAGAAGUUAGCCGAGACUCGGGAAGAAAAUGCUUCUGACCUAGUUGAAUUUUUCGUAAACAACUCUCAUAGAAAUACUAGAG